CUUCCGCGUUCCGGCCGGAGCCGGGCAGCCACUCACUUUGACCUCACCACUCUCGACGUCGUCCGCGACAACGAAUCGCUUCGGAUGCAUCGCGCCUUAGCGGUCUCCCAGAGGACGCUGCAGCCUGCGGGGAGGAACCUCGUCAGGGUUUCUCGGCGGCGCCUUGCGACUGCUGCAGAAGGACAGACGGCACCACCAAAAAAGUCGAGCGGAGUCCGACGCUUUCUGCUCUACACUGCAACCGCAACUGCUACGUUCUACAUAGGCAGCGCCUUUGCCGCGGUCAACAACGAAACCUACCAUGACUUCUUCGUGGACAACGUUCCUCUGGCUAGCUCCGUCGUUCAGUUCGCGGAGGACGAGGGCUUGGAUGAAGUCACGGUCGAAUCCGCAAUUGAAUCGGUCAUCAAUGCCGGGCGUGGUAUACUGAUCGUGGCGGACGACGUGGUGAAGGGUGUGCAGCGCCUUGCGGGCGGGAUAAACAUCGAGACUGCGGUGAACAAGACGAGCGAAAGCGAUAUCGUGGACAAGCUGAAGGAGGCUCGGGACGCAGCCGUGAAGAAGGUUAAGGGCGAGGCGGAGAAUGUAGAGCGGCAGGCGAAGAAGGCGGAAAUCAAGGUCGCGGAGCAGCCGGAGCCUCACAAGACCACUCUGAAGGAGACGGUGGAGAAGGCGAAGGCGAAGGCAAAGGCCGUGAAGGACGCCGUCGUCAUUUCGAUCGAGAGGGACGAGGAGCGCGUGCGUGGUAUCGUGCGACACCGACUUCGGUCGUUUUCGGCGGGUGUGGAGGAGCUCAUCGAAGAAGCGGAAGCUGCACUGGCAGGCAAAAUUCCCAAAGAACCCGUUCACGAGGUAGCCGGUAAGAUUGGCGGCACGAACGUCUAUGACUCGCCCCUCCCUCUCGGUUUCGAGCCACCUCCAGGCUACGCUCGCCCCGCUCCUCCCCCCAAGCCUACUCCCGCUCCCGUCGCUGCUCCUGCCCCCGAUCCUCUCCCCCUUGUCGCCCCCGCGGUCGCCGAACUCGGUGCUUCGGAGCCCGUCAUCGCUCAACUUGCCGAUGUCAUCGACAACCUCGCCUCCUACCUCAACUCCAACCCCACCGCCGCCGAGAAGGCGCGCGACAUCCUUGACAUCGCCAAGAUCGAUCUCACCGAGCUCGCCGGCAAGGUGGACAAGGUGAAGGCUGAGGAGAAGGAAAAGCUGGAGGCUACGCUGGACGAGCAGGCACGGCAGUACAACCUGAAGCUGUUGGAGUUGGAGAUGGCGGCCCAGGAUAAGUUGGACAUGCAGGAAGAUGAGUUCAAGAAGUAUCUCGAGGACGAGAAGGCCAAGUUCGUCAAGGCCUACCGGGAGAAGCUUGAGCAAGAACUUGCCACCCAAAGCGAGAUAAUCAAUCAACGUCUGAAGGAGGAGGUCAUCGCGCAGGGCAUCGAGUUACAGCGUCGUUGGAUCCGUGAGGUGAAGGUCCGCGUUGAGGAGGAGCGCGGUGGACGUCUCGCUAAGCUUGAUGAGCUUGCCGCGAACCUCAAGCGCCUCGAACGCGUCGCACUCGACAACUCGGAGUAUCUCGACGAGAAUCUACGCGUGCACGCGCUCUGGUCCGCCCUUCGCGCGCUGAAUACUGCCGUGGAUUCACCCACACGCAAGCCGUUCCGCGAGGAGCUCCGUGUCCUCAGGCAUUUCGCCACCGCGAAGGAUGACCCGGUCGUCACCACCGCGCUCGAGACGCUUGAGGCAACGGAUGUACCUGACAUUGGCGUUGAGCCUUUCGCGGACCUCGCGAGCUGGUUCUCGACCAGCGUUGCGCCGAAAGUCGCAAGCGUUGCGCUCGUGCCUGACACGGGUGCCGGCGUGCUCUCCCACCUUGCUUCGCAGCUCCUUUCCUCCUUCCAGUUCAAGCGUAGUGGGCUUGUCGAAGGCUCCGACACGCUCAGCGUCCUCGCGCGUGCCGAGUACUAUCUCAACGAGAAGGACCUCGAUAGCGCCGCGCGGGAGUUGAACCAGCUCACCGGGACAGCGAAGUUGUUGCUCUCUGAUUGGCUUGAUGCUGCCCGCCGGAGGUUGGAGAUUCAGCAGGCAUUAGAGGUACUACAAACGGAAGCGACUCUGUUAUCGUUGCUUGUGGUUUGAUGCUAGCCAAAAGUAUAAAUAACAUGAUUUUGCCGCGAUGGACGUUGGCGUUUUCAGGCUAGACCCCUUCAUGACCUAGACUAAUAUAUGAGGCCUUGAGCA